CUGAGAACUAUGACUCUUUUCCCCAAGAUUUUGCUAAAGCCAGAAGUUGAAGACUAUCUGAGGACUAUAUUUCACAAUGCUGAGCUUGUUGCAGCUAUUGGUCCACAGGAAGCUGAAAAGAAGUAUGAAUCUCUGUUAAAUAACUUAUCUCAUCCACCUGCUUUCACAACAGUACGAGUGAACACUUCUUUGGCAUCUGUGGAACAUAUAAGAGGUCUGCUUUGUGAAGAGAUCCACAAGCAAUAUGCAAGUCUUAGCGUUCCAGUUCUUCCGCAUCCACAGCUUCCUGACACCUUAGUUAUACCUGUUAUUGGUCCCAGAAAGGAUCUACAAAAAUUGGCAAAUGAAGCUAUUGUUGGUGCCCAGUGUGGGAGUGCGGUGCUUCGGGGAGCUCAUGUCUAUGCCCCUGGAAUUGUAUCAGCAUCAAAAUUUAUGAGAGCUGGUGAUCUGGUUUCGGUUUACUCUGACAUUGAAGGGAAAUGUAAAAGAGGAGCCAAAGAAUUUCUUGGGACCAAAGUUUUCAUUGGAAAUGGGAUUUCUGAACUAAGCCGCAGUGAAAUUUUUAAUUCUAACGGCCCAUUGAAAGGAUUGGGAAUAAAAAUGAUUGAGCCCAUUUACCUUAGUCCUUCAUUUGACAACUUGUUACCCAGUUAUCUGUUUUUACAGAAUUUGCCAUCUGCAGUGGUAAGCUAUGUUUUAAAUCCUCAGCCAGGAGAGAGAAUUUUGGACAUGUGUGCUGCUCCUGGGGGAAAAACAACCCAUCUUGCAACAUUAAUGCAUGAUGAGGGAGAAGUGAUAGCUCUGGACAAGAUAGCAGACAAAGUGAAAAAGAUUAAGCAAAAUGCUUCCCUACUGAAGUUGAAUUGUAUUAAGACAUUCUGUUGCGAUGGAACGAAGGCACUUGAAAUCAACAAGAGAGAGGAUGGGCAAGAAGGACCUCCAUUCUCCCCAGAAUCAUUUGAUCGAAUACUCCUUGAUGCUCCUUGCAGUGGGAUGGGGCAGAGGCCAAAUAUGGCUUUUUCCUGGUCUUUAAAAGAAGUGACUUCUUAUCAGCCUUUGCAACGCAGGCUCUUUUCAGUGGCAGUGCAGCUACUGAAGCCCAAGGGCAUCCUGGUAUAUAGUACCUGCACAAUUACACUCUCUGAAAAUGAAGAGCAAGUUGCUUGGGCACUGGAGACAUUCCCGUGUCUCCAGCUUCAGUCACAGGAGCCCCAUAUUGGGGGAGAAGGCAUGACAGGAGCUGGAUUGUCACCUGAGCAGUUGAAACAGUUGCAGAGGUUUGAUCCAUCUGAAGCAGUUUUGCAGGGAAUGGAUUUGAAUUCAUUGCAAAGUGUCAAGCAUGAAGAUUUGAUAUGUCUGGCAAAUAAGGACUGUAUAGGAUUCUUCAUUGCAAAAUUCGUAAAAGUGCAGUGAGGAUCCUUCAGGAACUUGCCAUACAAAACAUUUUUUUCUUCUUAACCUUUGGAAUAGGCUGAACUGUACCUCAUGCUGCAGCAGUGUUGCCAAGCCAACAGACUGACGGCACAGUUGCUAUAGCAGCAGUCAAAUCUGCCAGCUGUUUCCCUUGGGAGCGAUCCACAGGUUGAGGAAACAAGUCUGAGCGAAGGGGCAGCUUCUCUCUGGAAUGCUGCAUUUGGUUUCACAUUAGCACUAGGUCACUGCUUUUAGAAACUGGAUUGUUUCUUCACUUUGUCUAGGUGAUUUAGUUACAAAAAUCAGCAAUGAGCUGCACUACAAACCUGCAUUUGAAGCAUCACAGAAAAUAAAUCAUGAAGAUAACUAUCUUUUUAAAAAAUCUUGUUUACUGCUGUUUUGGAAUUAAAAUUAUUUUAUUAAAGGCAUAAUUUCAUAGAAAA